AUGUCUGCGCCAUCUGGACAGUCUCUCCAGACCUACGGCUUCCAGACUUCCGUCGACAUCGCACGCCAGAACACAUACGACGUAGCUGCUGUGGCUGGACAGAAGCGACCUGCAGAGCAUUCCACAGGCAACAACAACCCGCUUUCAAGUGCAAAGCAGCCUGCCAAUUUCAGUGAAUCAGCCGGUCAACCGGUAGAUUUCAUAAGGCCUUCGCUAGAACUGCCUAGAGGUCGUUUAGUUGCCAGUGAUAUUCGCUCGGCUGCAGCCAAUGUCCCCCAUAGAGAUCCACCGCUUCGUUCUUUGCGAAGUGCCGAUGAAGACUCUGCCGAUCAUCCUCUGUUGUCUCUGAGCAACCCUGUGUACGGACUGCCGUCCGUUUUAGCCGCAAAUUGGGCGGCUAUCGGACUUAAGAACAUAUACCAAUGGCAAGCAUCGUGCCUGCUGACUCCAGGACUGCUCGAUGGCAGCCGACACCUGGUGUAUACUGCCCCCACCGGUGGAGGAAAAUCGCUUGUCGCUGACGUUCUGAUGAUUAAGCGCAUCGUCGACAACCCGGGCCGCAAGGCAAUUCUGGUUCUUCCAUAUGUAGCGCUGGUGCAAGAGAAACUGAAGUGGCUAAGACGUCUCGUGCAAGAUGUUGAGAAAAACAUCAGCGAUGCCGACGAUAAGGUGGACAAUACGAGACCAUAUCACCAGCGCUGGCGCAAGUUACAAAAGUCGAUUCGUGUGACAGGCUACUUUGGGGGAAGCAGAACUGCUGCGUCUUGGGCUGACACGGACAUUGCCGUCUGUACCAUCGAGAAGGCGAACUCCCUGAUCAACACUGCCAUUGAAGAAUGUAGUAUCGGGGAGCUGGGCGUAGUUGUUCUAGAUGAGCUACAUAUGCUUGACGAUGAGCACCGUGGAUACCUUCUGGAAUUGAUGGUUACGAAACUGCUGCUCCUGCGACAGAACAUCCAGAUCAUCGGGAUGAGUGCUACACUAUCGAAUACCGAGAUGUUGGCGGAGUGGAUGAAUGCAGUUUACUACGUAUCAACUUACCGCCCGGUUCCAAUUGACGAAUACCUCGUUUACGAGAAUGCGAUAUAUCCCGCCGCAACCUCGAGGCAAUUGUUUCAGACAAUAUCAAGACUGAAGUCGGCUCCAACGCAAUCUCUCGUUGAGACUAUGCCUCCUCAUCGCAUCGUUGCCCCCUCAACCUUUCGAGAACUUGCGAAUGCCAUGACAAACGCGACAGUCGCCUUGGCCAUUGACACGGCAUCAGCUGGGUAUGGUGCUUUGGUAUUUUGUGGCAGUCGACAGGCUUGCCAGAUCCAAGCGGCGAUCAUCAGUGAAGCUAUGCCAGUCCCCGGGGAGAACACGGAAGACUUGAACAAACGACUGGACCUUGUAGCCGAACUCCGGAGUCUUCCCAGCGGCCUAGACCCUGCUCUUGAAAAUACCCUCGUUAGAGGCGUCGGAUUUCACCAUGCAGGCAUGACGACUGAGGAGCGCGAACUGAUUGCACAGGCUUAUGACCAGGGUGCUCUCAGAGUGCUUAUAGCGACAUGCAGCUUGGCCGCUGGCGUCAAUCUACCCGCCAGACGUGUUUUGAUCAAUGGGGCACGCAUGGGCCGAGAACUCGUCGGGCCCGCCAUGCUACGACAAAUGUGCGGAAGAGCCGGUCGCAAGGGAAAGGACGAAGCGGGCGAGACGUAUCUCAUAUGUGGCAAUAGUGACCUACAAGCUGUCUGUGACCUUCUCGAAGCCGACAUGCCGGCCAUUGAAAGCUGCCUAGCUCCAGAGAAGAGAGGCCUCAAAAGGGCCCUCUUAGAAGCCCUCGCUACCGGACUCGUAUCCGGGUAUGACGCAAUCAAGGAAUAUGUCAGGUGCACCUUGCUUUACCGAACAGUGGACAGAAAGCUAGCCUAUAGUAUCAUGCAAUCUGCACUCCAAGAAUUGGUCAAGGAAGAACUCGUGCAUGUUGAUGAUGAUGGAUCAUCAUAUUCAGCGACACAGCUUGGACAGGCUGUGGUCGCGUCCGCAUUUGCACCCGAAGAUGGUUUAUUUGUCCAUGAAGAAUUGAAACGGGCUCUGCAAGCUUUCGUCAUGGAUGGCGAUAUGCAUAUAUUCUACAUGUUUACGCCCCUCCAAUUAGCUGCUGGGACUCACAUCGAUUGGCGCAUUUUUCGAGAUCAGCUUGAUAAUCUGGAUGAAAGUGGGCUGCGUGCCCUACAAUUUGUUGGCGUCCAACCUGGAUUUGUGAAUUACAUGGCCCAGAGCGGCGGGUCGCUGAAAGAAAAUUCACCAGAGCAGAUCAAGCAAGCUAGAAUCUAUCAGCGGGCAUAUACUGCAUUUCAGCUUCGUGAUCUGAGCAAUGAGGCUCCGUUGUCAGUUAUCGCAUCUCGGUACCAGAUACCACGGGGCUCUGUCCAGAGCCUGGCACAGCAAUGCCACGGGUUUGCUGCAGGCAUUGUCAAAUUUUGUCAACGCAUGGGUUGGGGAAUGUUGGCUGCAGUUUUGGAUCAUAUGCAGGAUCGCUUAGAGGCUGGGGCCCGGGCUGACCUACUCGAAAUGGCACAGGUUACGUAUGUCAAGGGUUGGACUGCCAGGCUACUCCGAGAAAAUGGUUACCGGAAUUUGAGGGCCCUGGCAGAAGCGGACUCGAAGGAUCUGGUCCCUAUUUUGAUGAUGGUAAACCCGCGCAAAGCCCAGAAAAGCCAGCUUCAUCCUGCAGAAGCCGAGCGCUAUGCGAAGAAGCUUUUAGCCAAAGCAGAAAUCAUCAUUGGGUCGGCCAACAAGGUCUGGGAACGCGAGAUGCAGGUGGAGAUAGAUGAAUAA